CACUGUGUCCGCGAGCUAGCAUUCGCGGCAGAUUUCUUGCUGGCAUCGCAUAGAAACUGUUUGCAGCAUCUGCGCUGGGUAGACUUGGCACACUUCUCGCAGUCACGCUCUCUCACAGCAGCACUCCGCGGCUAAUUCAUUGUCGCUCGGGAUCACUCCAGUUCGCAGCAUCGGCAACGUUCGCUCGCUCGAGCACAUUGCCGAACAUCAGAGUGUGGUAUCAUAAAACACGAUACCGUUCAGUAAUCUCAUUGCUUGCUGGGCAAAGUUGAGGACUCCAGCUGUCACGGCAAUCCCUACAGCCCCCUCGUCCGCUUUGGGCAACGUCCACCUCGGGCAAUCUUGCAACGCGAUCUCAUACACAUAAUAGAGCGUCACGAUCGAUUGCUACGCAGCAAUGGAUCAUCAAACCACCAGCGGUGCUCAUGAUCCUUUCGCGGGCAGUCAUGUCUACGUCGAUCCGUCACAGUAUAAUUCGUAUGAUAAUCUGAAUUUCUUUCAGGCUGACGCGGAUCCCGUCUUUAAUGAGAAUGAUUGGACUCUUGGCGACUCGCAACCUGUGUCACGUGCGCAACAACCAGGCCAGACUUGGUCACACAAUGACGAUCAACUGCCUACGCACAUACAACACGCACAAUCACAACAGACACAACACCAACAACAACAACAACCACCACCACUGCAGCUGCAGCAGCAGAGCUAUUUGAAUCCUCCUGCACAAUAUAGAACUACCCAAAGCAAGAGCCCAGUUCCCUUCACCAAUAAUAACUUUGCAGCAUAUGGCAAUCAGCAGCCGUACAAUUACAAGGAACAAAAGUUCGAUCCUUCCAAAGUAUUCAAGGAACAGUUCAACGCAUCCAAUGUCUCCCAACAACAUUUUGACCCUUCAUUGACCCAAAUCAAUCCCAAUGAUACCCAAAACUUUCAUGCUGGCGGCCACUACAACCCCCAAACCGUCGCCAAUCCGCAGACUUUUGCUCCACAAGCACAAGAACAAGCCAGACCACAACCUGCUUUCAAGAACAACGUCCAUGUUGGCCCGCCGUAUCAACAAGGGCCUUCUCACGCAUCACAGACACCACCAGUACCUGCGACGGCGGCACUUCGCAAUGUUGACGAAGAGGCUUUGGCUCGAGCUGUACCUAAGGGUGUCAGCGGCGGCCUCUUCAGCAUCAUAAACUUUGAUGAUCUUGCUCGCGCGACGAAUACUGAUCGAUUUGGGAAUUAUGUCAACAUUGGUAAAGAUCGCCAGGAAUGGCAAUGUACCCGCAGUGCCCUUCCGACAUACGUUCCACGCCAUUCAAGGCGAGAGCUGAGGUUUCUUGCCUCUAAAAACGUCAAUGCUCUAGCGAAGAUUGGCAAGAAGCCCAACAAGGAAAAGCCUAUGAUCUCUGCAGUGAAGACCACAAAGCCAGCCGCUCUCGCCACGAGUACAACAGACGGUCCUGUUACGAUCAAGGAUUCAUCCAGCGACGAGGAUUCGUCUUCGGAUGAUGAUUCAGAUUAUUCCGACGAUGAUGAUGACUCACCACUCCCAUCUAGGAAACCUGAAGAUCCCAAAGGGUGCAUCGAAUACGACACAAUCAAAGCAUUGUGGCGAAACAAGCGCAAGAACAUUAGCAGUGACUCGUUCAAGCAAGCUCUCGUCGACUUCUGGGAUAUCAUCAAGACAAUCCGCGAUCGAUGGAAGCUUGACAGUACUGCUUAUGCUGAAGCCGAAGAAAAGAAACGCACGGGUGAGCUACCGCUACUACGCAGUCGCGUCAAGGAUCAGCGCGACAUGAUCGAGGUCGCAUUUCGCACUGCCUUGAAACAUGGUCAUCGAGGCAUCGUCGAGCUUCUCGCAGAAAAUUCCCCACUUGUGUUUGUCUGUUUUCAAUUCUUGCUCGAUCGACAAAAGGCAGACGAUCUCAACGGCUCGGUGACACGCGCAAUCCUCGAGACUAUGAGCACAUUCACCACCUUGACCGAUGAAAAGCUCGAAAAGGUUCGCUUGAACAAACUUCUGGCAAUUUAUCAGAAGAAGGGCGAUGCAAAGACGCAAUUCUGGGUGAAGAAGAUCAAGGCGAACGCAUCAUUAGCUACUAAAAACGCAGCUGAGAAGGAACCUGCCACCAAGAAAGCAUCGGAUGCUCCAGCAGCAAAGCCUGCGGAUGCUGCCACUGCUUCCCCAGGAAAAGGUCCCUUGCCCACGAAGCGGCCCGAGGUCGUUUCAGGUGUCAAGCGUGCUGCAAAUGGAGCCAGCGAAGCCAACCCUGCGAAACGCGUAGCCGUCAGCAAACCUACUUUGAAUGGGACCGCAACAUCGUCAAAGCCAACUGCUGUUGGGACUGUCAAGAAACCUUUGACUAGUGCUGUGCCAACAAGCUCUACGACCGCUACAUCUACUGCGCCCAGGAAGACUGUGGCUGCGAAACCCACCGGUUUCUUCUCAAGUUUGUCUUCUGCGGCGAAGAAGCCAGGGACUUCAAUUUCGGAGAAGUCUACAUCAGCCACAGGUGAUAAGAUUGCUGGCGCCCGGAAUCCCAAUCCUGCCGGUGCACCUAUGGCUAAGCCAACAUUCUCUUUCGCGGAGACGAUGGCUAAACUUUCAAAGCCAAAGGAGGAGAAGCCUGUGCCGAAAGCUGAGAAAGAGGUACCAAACGAAACGGCUGAGGAGCGUACCAAACGUCUGCGAAAAGAAGAGCGCCGCAAACUACGGGUUCGGUUCAGGCCAGACAGUGAUCUGGUGCAGAUCCGACUCUUCACACACGAUCCUGAGGAGGAAUUGCAUCACGAUGCCAAUCAGGUCCGCGACGUGUCGGAUGUGGGUGGUGAGGGUCGCAUGUUCAAACAGCAGAAUAAGAUGAUGGACCUUGACGAAGAAGACGAUAUCGCGGAUGAACCAGAGAACUUGAUCGACUUCAAGGAGCCAUCACCUGUGGAUUUCAGUGUCGUUGAUAACGAUGAGCGGCAAAGGAAUUACGAACCAUACGGAGGUGGUGUUCUCAAACCAACCUCUCCGGAGAGCGAUGAACGACGAAAAUACGAGGAUAGCAAUCUUGUCGUCUUCUAUCCAACAGCAAGCGAUGUUCCCGCCAACCCUCGCGAGCCGGCCAACGCCUACACCGGCGAAUUGAGCGAACCGUUCAAAUCUUUCGGCUUGCCGGAAGAACAAUACAUCAAACGCGCCCAGGACCGACGUGCCAGCAAGAUAAACGCGAAUGCACCUUCUGGAUUCAACAUUGCGGCAUUGGCCGGACUGCUGAGCAAGGCAGCGCCACCGCCACCACAGCAUCAACAACAGCAAUCUCAGGCGCAACCUGUCAUGGCGCCACCAGCAGCCAGCAGCCAAAUGCCCGAUAUCGGCAGCAUUCUAGCCAACUUACGGCAAAGCGCAUUGACGACGCAACCACAGCAGUCGGAUGCAUACCACCCGCCUCCGCCAAAUGUAUCAUAUCAGCCACCACCACCAUCAGCUCCCACUCACCCAGUACUCCCUCCAGCGAACAUUGAUCUUGCGGCCAUCCUCGCAGCACUGAACAGUAACCAAAACGCCAAUCAGCCACCGGCCGCUAGUACCCCGACCAUGAACAAUUACGGUCCGAGCUAUGGUUCACAGCCUGGGUGGGCUACCUCUCAAAACCAUAACGUGGCUCACAACGAGUCGGAAGAAACCGAGAUCGCCAAAGCUAAAGCUGGUAAUCCUGCUUACAAGACCAAAACCUGUCGAUUCUACCAGGAAGGGCGCUGCCAGAAGGGCGCCGCUUGUAGUUAUAUCCAUUCAUAGACUUUUCUAUAUCGAGAUGGACGUUCAGUGGGUCCUCUUGAAGAUCGCGGUGUAUUUAUUGUUGCCAUCGCUCUGCAAAGUGAAGGGCGGGAUUCUCUUGUUGC